AUGUGGAAAUUCAAAACAUUUCUCUUCAAUUCAGCCAGUACAUCUCCAGCGUACUACAAAUUUGAGUCAUUUAAAGUACACUUUCAGAUACUGGUCCAGGCUAGGUACCCUCGAAAUUUCUCUAUCAGCAAAAUAACCAGAGAAACAAAGGCGAAUAUGACACCUCAAAUCCAAAAAUUUGAGCUCAAAACGCCUAAGGGCACCAAGGAUUGGCAGGGAAAGGAUAUGAUUAUUCGAGACAACAUAUUCUCCAAAAUAAGCGAUGUUUUUAAACGCCAUGGCGGCGUGACAAUUGACACACCAGUCUUUGAAUUAAAAGAGAUACUUUCUGGCAAGUAUGGCGAAGAUAGCAAACUUAUCUACGACUUAGAAGACCAGGGUGGGGAAAUCUGCUCCCUACGAUAUGACCUGACUGUUCCUUUCGCAAGAUGGCUUGCCAUGAAUCGUGAUGUUCAAAAUAUUAAAAGGUAUCAUAUUGCGAAGGUCUACCGCCGUGAUCAACCGGCAAUUUCCAAAGGACGUAUGCGCGAAUUCUACCAAUGUGAUUUUGAUAUUGCUGGAUCAUACGACUCUAUGCUGCCUGACGCGGAAAUAGUUCGAAUUGCGACAGAAGUCUUCCACAGCCUUGGAUGGAAAGGUAACUUUACAAUUAAGAUAAAUCAUCGCAAAAUUCUAGAUGGAAUUUUUGAGGCUUGCGGAGUUCCUGCCGAUAAAAUUCGUGCCACAUCUUCUGCUAUUGAUAAGUUGGACAAGUUACCUUGGGAAGAAGUGCGAAAAGAGAUGACUGAGCAAAAAGGCCUGCCCAUUGAAGUGGCCAAUAAGAUUGGUGAAUAUGUGGUACAAAAAGGGCAGAAAGACCUUUUGCUUAAGUUAAAAUCAGAUGAGUUUUUGCACACGAAUUUAUCUAUGAGUGCUGGCAUAGCCGACAUGGAAUUACUCUUCGAUUACCUUGAAGCUUUUAACGCGCUUGAAAGCGUUAGCUUUGAUUUAAGCCUGGCGCGUGGUCUAGAUUACUACACAGGAAUUAUCUUUGAAGUUGUCACAGAGGGCUCCGCCCCAACUGCUGGCUUGGCUAGUUCUACGAAUGCUAAAAAGUCUAGUACUCGCAAAAAGUCUAGUGCUGAACCUGAUGACAGAUCUUCAGAUCCCAGUAUUGGCGUAGGAAGUAUAGCAGCCGGCGGCCGAUACGAUAAUCUCGUUGGCAUGUUCUCUGGUAAAACUCAAAUACCUUGUGUAGGUAUUUCUUUCGGUGUUGAUAGAAUUUUCUCCAUAAUGAAGGCGAGAAUGGCAGCCAAUAACGUGGGAACAAUAAGAAAUAAUCAGGUUGAUUGUUUCGUAAUGGCAUUCGGUGGGAAGGGGUUUACCGGCCUCGUUAAGGAAAGAAUAUCAAUCUGCGCAACCCUGUGGGAAGCUGGUAUCAAGGCUGAGUUUCUCUACAAAGUAAAACCCAAACUUCCAAACCAGUUCAAAGCGGCUGAGGUAAAUGGUGUUCCGUUUUGUAUAGUGAUAGGCGAGGAGGAGCUAUCCAAUGGUCAAGUAAAAAUUAAAGAGAUGGGCUUACAAGAUGGCCAUCCAGAAAAAGAAGGCAUCCUAAUUAAUCUUGAAGACAUUGUUCCUGAACUGAGUCAACGUCUGAAACAAAAGGAUUCCGAAAACUGCGUAGCGCAGAAAUCAGAAAUUGUGCAUGGAGUGGGUAUCAAGAGCGAAUCCUUAAAGUCAUCACAGCCAGACUCUUCUCACCCAACUCUAACUAGCGAUACAGCCACUGAAUCAAAGAUCAACACGAACUCCAUCGCAGAAAACCAGAGCUAA